AUGGCGGAAGUUAUUGUUAAGAAACGAAAGCUUUCUACUGAAAAUGGCACUGAUUUCUCAGAACCUUUAUCAAAGACUAUACAUAUUCAAUGUCCCUAUUUGGAUACAAUCAAUAGACAUGUUCUUGAUUUUGACUUCGAAAAAUUGUGUUCAGUAUCAUUGACUAGAAUCAAUGUUUAUGCAUGUCUUGUUUGUGGAAAAUACUUUCAGGGAAGGGGAACUAAUACACAUGCAUAUACACAUUCAGUGGCUGACGGUCAUCAUGUGUUUCUUAACCUCCACACUCUAAAAUUUUAUUGUUUACCCGAUAAUUAUGAAGUUAUAGACUCUUCGUUAAAUGACAUCAAGUACGUUCUGAACCCAAUUUUCACACCAGAACAGAUAAAACAACUAGACACAAACACAAAAAUGUCUAGAGCCAUUGAUGGUACUAUGUAUAUGCCAGGUAUUGUGGGUCUUAAUAAUAUUAAAGCCAAUGACUAUUGCAAUGUCAUUUUACAGUGUUUGUCACAAGUAAGACCACUCCGUAAUUAUUUUUUGCGUGAAGAAAAUUAUGCGAAUAUAAAAAGACCACCAGGGGAUUCAUCUUUCUUAUUGGUACAAAGAUUUGGUGAACUUUUGAGGAAGUUGUGGAACCCUCGAGCCUUUAAAGCACAUGUUUCACCCCAUGAAAUGCUACAAGCUGUUGUGCUUUGGUCAAAGAAAAGAUUUCAGUUCAUCAAACAAAGUGAUCCAAUUGACUUCAUGUCAUGGUUUCUUAAUUCUCUUCAUAUGGCACUGAAUGGUACAAAAAAAUCCAACAGUUCCAUAAUCUAUAAAUCAUUUCUUGGACAUAUGAGAAUAUAUACCAGAAAACUGCCACCGCCUGACGCUGAUGAUGCUGCUAAAGUGGACCUUAGCAGUGAAGAUUAUGCUGAAAUGAUCACUGAGUCUCCAUUUUUGUAUUUAACUUGUGAUCUACCACCAACACCACUGUUUACUGAUGAAUUUAGAGAGAACAUUAUUCCUCAGGUAAAUCUGUACCAAUUACUUUCAAAGUUUAAUGGUCAAACAUCAAAAGAAUAUAAAACCUAUAAGGAAAAUUUCCUAAAGCGCUUUGAAAUAACGCAAUUGCCUCCAUAUUUAAUAUUGUAUAUUAAAAGGUUCACGAAAAACACCUUCUUUGUUGAGAAAAACCCAACUGUGGUCAAUUUUCCCGUGAAAAAUGUUGAUUUUGGUGAUAUUCUUACACCAGAAAUAAAAGCAAAACACAAUGGGAAAACAAUUUACGAGUUAGUAGGAAAUAUUGUUCAUGAUGGUACACCAGAGAAGGGUACUUACAGAGCGCACGUGUUACAUACGCCUACGCAGCAAUGGUAUGAAAUGCAAGAUCUUCAUGUUACCAGCAUAUUACCUCAGAUGAUUACUUUAACAGAAGCUUAUAUACAAAUAUAUGAAUUGAAGCAGGAC